CAGAGGGUGACACUACAGCUCUGUUGUUGUGGUCACUCCAAGAACACUGCUCGCGCACAAAUGGAGGGACUGAAGUGUUGGAACUGACCCUCUGUUAUCAGGAGGAGAGGAAUACAUGUGGAAGGCUUACUAAGAGUUGAUCAGCAUUAAAAGGAGCUGAGGGUUGCAUGGGUCCAGUGGUCAUGUCCCCAGGCAAGAAAGUUGAGGGCCCCAGCAGUGGGAGUGUUGCUCGAGGUCUGAGUCAGCUCUACCAAGACACUGAAGCAGCUGACCUCUCUUUCGCCCUCUCUGCCUCUCUAAUCCGGGCAGAAGAUGAGGAGCUGACCAGCCUCAGCUGGCUGCACGAGAGCACAGAUCUUCUGACCAGCCUAGGCCACUCUGGCUUGCGCAGUGUCAGUCCCCUGCAGGAUGCUAACGGUGGCCGUGAGCCCUCCUCCUCGUCACCUUCAUCCUCUCCUGAGCCCAACGAGCCGCCCUACCACCUGUCCAUGGGUCCCAGCCGUAAACCGCCCUACUCCUUCAGCUGCCUCAUCUUCAUGGCUAUAGAGGACGCUCCCUCCAAGCGACUUCCUGUUAAAGACAUAUACGGCUGGAUACUGGAGCACUUCCCAUACUUUUCUAGUGCCCCAACUGGUUGGAAGAAUUCAGUGCGUCAUAACCUGUCACUCAACAAGUGCUUCAAAAAGGUGGAUAAGGAUCGCAGUCAGAGCAUAGGAAAGGGUUCUCUCUGGUCUAUUGAUCCUGACUACAGACACAAUCUGAUUCAGGCACUAAAGAAGACUCCAUUUCAUCCGUAUACCCCACGACUUCCGAAACCUUCUACCUCUCCAUCUGUUUCUCCUCAGCAAUACCACAGUAGUCCACUAUGGCCAGGAAGUCCAUUCUUCAGAAAUAAUGGAGGGAAAAUGCUCUUACAAGUUCCACAGAGAGUGGUACAGCAUGGCUCAUGUGUCAGCGCUCAGAGACUCUUUCCAGUAAUCAGACCCCUUCCAUUGAGUUCUGUGAGCAAGAGGACCACAGCCGUGAGAUCAGCCCUGGGCGACUACCUGACACGGGGUAGAAACGGUAUGUGCAGUGACUCUCCUCCACCCAGUGAUGAUCAACAGGAGGAUCACACAUACAGCAGCUCUCAGUCCCUGAGUACAAAGAGGGACAGUUCUUCCCCCAUCUCAUCCUGCUCCACUCAGGAAUUCCUCUCUGCCUACAGCCAUGGUCAGAAGAUAACAGUCACUGAGGUCAAAGAGGAGCAAAAAGACUUUCCGCUGGACAUUACGCCACCUCCUUCUCAACUGCUCCACCACAGAAGCAUGCUGUGGACCAAAGGUCAAUUACGGACCCCUGGCGACACGCUUCCACUGAAGAAGAGGCGGGCGGAAAAGCUUCUGGGAAGCGAUGAGGAAGAUGAGAAGAUGAAAGAGGCAGCAGGGUCAUUGCUUCACCUGGCUGGCAUGCGCACAGGUUUGAAUAAAAAUUGUCAGCGUGUAUGUAAAGUUCAUAAGGAACCGAAAGAGGAAAUUAAAGAUGAGCAAUGAGCGGAAAUCCCGUCAACACAGAUCUAAAUACUUCUGUUCCAGGAUAUCAGGUGAAUUCUAGUCAGUUGUGGCAAUAUCAAUAAAAUUACUGUCGUCCAGUGUUCAAUUUUAUUUCCGGCUGAAUGAUUCUCAUGUCCAUGUUGCUUUGUCCGGGUGUGUGUGAGUGUGUGCGUGUGAGUGCGCAGAGGGAAGAAAAGCCAUAGUACAUUUUCAGUCAUUUGAGUGGAAUUUUUUUUAUGUUUGUUUUUGUUCAUUCUUCAACCCUAGCGAACAAUUUAAAAUAAUUAAAGGUGCACAUGCGUUUCAUAUCUGGAUAGUGUUUAGAUAUUCUUUAGCUGGAUUGCAUUUACACCUUGCAGUCAAAUGCAUCUCUACUGUGGUCGGAUAGAGAUCCGAUCAGAAUUACCCACGCAAAAUGGAAAAAACUACUUACAUAUUACAUCAGAAGCUGUGGCAAUUGAAAAUUCUGUGUCUUUCAGCAAAUUUUAGAAACAACAAUUGAUAAUUCUAUUGCUUUCCAUCACUUUAACAGUCAGGGUUUUCCCGUCAUGGAAUUUUUUUUUUGGCAGCCAUCAAAGCUGCAUUUCGUGUUGCCGAAUUUUUUUUUAUAAUAUUCAUCUCGCGCUCUGCAGUUUGUAAGUGUUGUGUUCUUCGCAUUGCGAUGGCAGAAUUAAAAGAAAUAUUCUGGGUUCAAUAGAAGUUAAGAUCAAUCAACAGAAUUUGUGGCAUAGUAUUAAUUAACAUAAAAAUGUAUUUCGACUAAUCCCUCCUUUUCUUUAAAAAAACAAAAAGCACAAAUCUGGGUCCCAGUGAGGCAUUUACAAUAGAAGUGAAUGGAACAAAAUAAGGCAUGAACCCACAACACAGCACUUUAACAACAGAUAACUGUAGUGCAACCUCUUCAAAUAAUUAAUUACUUGUGUAGUUGUAGUAUACAGAUAACAAAAACGUAUUUGCAUUUAAACCUUCUUUGAAUGGGCUCAGAAUGCGUCCCUUACCACCCCCAUAGCAAUCGGAUCACCGAAAAUGCAUGUUAAUGCAAGGUGUAAAUGUGGCCAUACUGACACCUAGCGGUGUGGAUGUAGUAGCAUCGCCCAAAAGCAAAGUUUUCAGUUGGUCGUGUGAUCUCAAGAUGGUGGACCUCGUGAAGUGACCCGUUCCUUAGAAAAUAGAGCUUUUAUUGGGCAACUGAUACGACUGGAGCCUUCAUUUAAUGUAAGUGUACAUGAUUUUUUUUUCAAUAUAUAUUUAAAUCAUGAAUACUUACAUGAGAUGUCCCAGCUAAUACCCAGCCAUGGUACAUGGUAUUUAUUUAUGGGUCAAACUGAUUGAGGAAAAAAGAUUAUUGGGUGCACCUUUAAAUAUGUUGUAGCAGUUCUUCUAGUUGCAAGAUUGAAAGGUAAAUGGAGAGAUCUUUAUGCUGCUCUUAAGUGUGCCAAAGAAGAGACCUGUUGAAGAGAGUGCAACUAAUCCAUGCACACUUCGAAAGACCAAUAAUAGAAUAGAAAGUAAUAAAACCAACCUAAGGUCUUUAAGAUGAAUAUUUAUUUAUUAAUUAAGCAGCAAAAGUUUUUGUGGAAAAAUUACCUGUGUCCAAUGGAUAACAUAUCUGAAAGGUCAAAUGCAGUACAUAAAUUGUCUCUUAAAUGCCUGGUGUUCAAAACAUUUCUGGUAUUAGUUCCUAUUAAAGCACACUAAAAACUGAUCUUUUGUGAAGCAGUGUGUCAGAAAUGCCUAUUGUGUUAAUGUCAAAGUUUUGCCAAAACGUUGGUGUUUGUUUGUUUUUUUUGCAUAAUGUCUUCACAAUCCAAGCUAUUUGUCCUGCCAGGAUAACACUGUAAAAAGUAAUUCCCUAUUUUCACAGAAGGCAGUUUUUGCCUCAGGUUCUCAGUUAUAUUGCAUGGAUGCUUACACAUAAGAAAGAAGUAUUUUCUUUUUUUAAAUGAAAGAUCAUGUAAGAUAGAUAUUUAGCAUGAGGCAUGGCUUAUUUUAUUACAAGAAAACAAAAAGAGGGCCUAGUCAGCGUCUCUUAAAUCAUAAGUUUAUUGCUUUACUUUUUUUAUUAUAAUUAUUGUAUCUCUUCUUUGGCAGACACCUCUUCCAAAGGAAGAGAUUUAUUGAAACCAAUUUUCAAACAGAUCUGCCUUGUAUUGAAUAUCAGGUGAAACUGAUUUUGUCUUUUUUUUUUUUUUUUUUUGUCGUCCUCGGGUUGCUGGUCCUUUUCAAUUCAUUGAUGUAAGUGUUCAGAUGUUGUUAAUACUCAGUGUUAAAUGACCUAUCACUCUGUACACCCUUUAAGGUUGUGCCUGCCUUUAGUUCAUGUGCUUGGAUGUCUGUUAUGUUCUUUUGUAAUGUUUAACUACUCUUUUAGGGUCAUUUUCAUUGUGUAGCCUGCAUCAAUGAUAUCAUAAAUUGUACCGAAAUAGUUUGACAAGGAGUUAGAAUAGGCUUCAGUGAGUGAAACGGGAUGAUCCCGGAUUACUGCACUGCUUGACUGAUGAAAAUGUCAAACAGCCUUUAAAUCUAGAUCAAAUGGUUACUCAUUUUUAAUACUUUAAAAAUAAUUUAAUAUGUCAGUGAUUCAACAAUUAGUAAAUUAUGCCUUGGCUUGUCUGUUUUUUCCAUUGAUUGCUUUGAAGUACCCCUCUCUGUUUCCAACUCUCAUGAACUUGAACUGCAUCUGAGAAACUGAAUGGCCAAGUAUGCAAGGGUCCCAUUGUGGUCUUCAAGGGACAGUUCACUCAAAAGUUCUCUUUCUCUAAGUUGAUGUAAUGUUGUUCUGAAAUUUUGUUGGAUUCUCGGGUCAUUAUCUCUCAUAACCAUUCAUAUAUUUGUUAUGCAGCAUCUAUCGGAAGUGUUUCAACUCCACUUAUACUUUUCAUAUUGAAGUCUUUCUGAAUGUUUUGUGUCCUCCAGGGCUGAGGAGCAUGAAUAUGUUAACAUUUUCCAGUCCUUUCAAAUAUUCCUUUCUUCAAUAUCCCUUAAUGUUUCAGCACUUUCUUAAAGGGGUAGUUCACCCAAAAAUGUAAAUUCUCUCAACAUUUAUUCACCCUCAUGCCAUCCCAGAUGUUUAUGACUUUCUUCUGCAGAACACAAAAUAUUUCAGCUCUGUACGUCCAAACAAUGCAAGUAAAUGGUGACCAAAACUUCAAAUCUCCAAAAGGCACAUAAGCAGCAUAAAAGUCAUUAAUAUAUCUCCAGUGGAUAAAUCUUCAGAAGUGAUAUGAUAGGUGUGGGUAAGAAAAAUAUCAAUAUUUAAGUCCAUUCCACAUGUUUUGGCUUUUGUUUUUGGCGAUUCACCUUCUCCGUGCAUAAUGCCACUUACUGGACAGGGAGGAUAAUUUAUAGUAAAAAAGGAUCUAAAUAUUGUUCUGUUUCUCAUCCACAUGUAUAAUAUUGGAUUACUUUUAUGCUGCUUUUAUGUGCUUUUUUGACCUUCAAAGAUCUGGUCACCAUUCACUUGCAUUGAAUGGACCUACAGAGCUGAGAUAUUCUUUUAAAAUCUUUGUUUGUGUUCAGCAGAAGAAAGAAAGCCAUAUACAUCUGGGAUGGCAUGAGGCUGAGUUAAUAAUGAGAGAAUUUUCAUUUUUGGGAGAACUAUCCCUUUAAAUAGUAUAUGACUUUUUGUCCUCUGCAGGGGUUCUAGUGGUGUAUUAGUGGCACUGUAUGUGCUGGUUUGCUGUGCGAGUACAGUGUAAAGUUAGUGCUCAGUGGCAAAGACAUGCCGCGGGAAUGGACUAUAUCCCCUAUUUUAUUUGAGUUACAUUGGCAAUAAGCUGCUGCUAUAGUUUUGCUUUAAAUUUAUGCCAGUCCAAUAACAUGCCAUUUGUUUUUGUGUACCAACAACAUGAUUUCUAUUUAACUGAUUAAAUGGCUAACUGAAAUCCAUACAAAUCCAUAUAAGACAAAAGAGGGAGAAAAUAUGCAUGAAUUAUUUAUUUGAAAACUCACUUUGCCUCUGAAAUUAUAUGUGAAAUAAUAUAAGGGUUUUGUCGAUGUUGUUUGUUUGUUAUUUUGUCAAAUAUGUUUCUGUCCUUGUACUUUAAGUCACUAGUGGUCUGGUUUGAUUUCUAGAGCACAAUGGAGUAAUGAUGAAUAUGUAUUUGACCAGGUCAUUUUUUUUUCAAUACACUCAGAUGCCAGUGCUGUACGAGUAUAAAGCUGUCUAUUUCCUUGGUGUGCAAUCAUAUUGCCAAAGACCAAUAUCAAACUAUUUCAUCAAUACAUGUAAAUAACCAUAAUGUCUUUGUGACAAAAAUGUCAUGUCAUAUUGUUACUUUUCAUCAUAUUUCUCCUGAAACUUAAAAUAAUGUUUAUGUAAUGUAUUGUCUUCCAGUUGCAAUAAUAAAAAUA